AAAUUUAGCUUCCUUGCAUACGAUCGGGUGAGACUGGUAGAACGUGAAGAAAACCUACAUGAGUUUUACACAUUUAACUCCUAAGGAAAAUUAAGUUGUCAUUAAGACUUUUCGUAGAGAAAUAGCAUUAGGCGGAGCAAUUAGUGUCUCCAGUAGGCUAUAUCACCGAUCAGACAAAAGUUGCGCAAUUUAGAGAUUUAGCAACUUAGAGAACCUAGUCUUGAGAAACUAAAUUUCGAAUCACCCAGACUUGGAGGGAUAAUAUGCUCAAGUCACUUCUGAUUUUAUUCAUUUUAUAUGUUGCAGUGCCUCAUUGCCAUGGGGGUUGUGCAGAGGUGGACUCGAUGACAGAGGCUGUGGCAGGGGAACGUUUCCUUUUAGGCUGUAUCUCCUGCAAGAAGAGAGAAGAGGUCCCUGCUCACACUACUGUGGAUUGGCAUUUCAGACCUAAAGGAGAGGAAGAAUUUAUUCAUGUAUUUCAUUAUGACUACCCUAAACCCACCAUCCUCUAUGAAGACUUUGAAGGCCGCCUGGAAUGGCAUGGAACAGAGGGGACUCAGGAUGUUCAAGUAGGAGCCAUCUUUCUUCAUAAUGUAACCUUUAACGACACUGGAACAUUCCUCUGCACCGUCCAGCGCAUGCUCUUUCUCCCAUUGGACAAUGAGUAUGUCACUGUGCAGAAGGAGGUGGAGCUAAGCGUGGUGGCUGUUGCCAAUCCGGAGAUGACUGCAGUGAUAUCAGAAAUCAUGAUGUAUGUACUGAUUGUAGUGCUGCAGCUUUGGAUGAUCGUGGUGCUGAUCUAUUGUUAUAAAAAGAUAUCUGCUGAGCAUGAAGCUCGGGAAGCCCGCAAAGCCCUUAAGGCCCAAAACCGACCAUUAGAAUCAAAAGACAAGUGUGAUGGGGUGCAUCUGGAGUAAUUUACAUCAUGAUCUAAAGACGUGAAGAUAUAUUAUGCUGUAAGCAAACAUAUAGUAUUAACAUGUUAACCACUCUCUUAAGUAACCAUAACCAUUUUUAAAGAUUUUUCAGUGCCUGAUAGUUGUGUGAAAUGCACAAUAAAAGUGAAGUGAAAAUGUUAAAGGAUUUUCUGUCUAGUUUACGGCUAAAGCAAAAUUUCCCUACAGUGUUUAAAUUUUUGCUGAAAUGUUGUUGCGAUAAUGUAUUAUAUCACUCUUUGUUGUACAAAACAGUGUACACAGUUGACUAUAUGGGUCAUAUAGUCACACUAUACUGUAUCUGUAUCUUUAAGGUAUCCCAGUAUUCAUAUCUUACAGUCUGAGACUCCUUGCCUAUUGGAUGUUACUCGGAAUCUUAAAAUUACAGAACCACAGUGUGCUUUAGGAGACAAGGAAGGGUGUUUGAAGGGCAUUGUGUAACUGAAUCUUGUCUGUAGUGUCUCCACCCUCCUUCAGGUCUGACUGUUACUUUGUUUAACUGCUACAACCUAGCUCCAUCACAAUAAUAUACCAACACAAGCAUGCCAUAAAUCACAAAAUAUUCCAAAUAUACGUGAGUAGAAUAUGAUUUGUGUCAAUAUUAUCAAAACCUUUUAAAUAUGGCUACACAACAGAUUACACAACAGACAUAAACAUAAUAUCUGUUAAUCACAUUUCCCUCAGGGAUCUGAGAUUUUUUGGGGGGUUUGAAGUCAGACUCGGCUCCAGAACAAAUUAAAUGGGGGGA